AUGCAGCCGGGACAACAACCAAUCGUCAUGAACAUCCAGCAAAACGCUGGCCCCCAGUACGCACCGCCACCACCACAGCAGCCAAACUAUGGGUACCCGACCCAGGCUCAAGCUGCCCCUGCGCCUGCUCCCGUGGUUAUUCAGAAGAACAAACAGGGAGGUACUUUCUGUUGCAUCUGCUGCGUUCUCGUCGUUCUUGUUAUCAUUGUCAUCGGUGCGAUCGCUGGCACUCGCGGCUCUUCCGCACUCCAGCAUAAGAACAUUUGCGAAAUGGGCCCGACUUAUGACCUGACUUUACCAAUCGUUCUUGAAGAACCUGAAACCAACUUGGACAAUUACGAAAGCAAUAAAGAUUGCCAAGUUGACAUUCAAGUUCAAGACAAACAGAUUUCGAUCGAGUUCGAGGAAUUUGAAGUUGAAGGAUCUUAUGGCUCUUGCCCUUUCGAUUAUCUUCAAAUUGGAAAUGAAACAUUUUGUGGUACUGUUCAUGCUGGCACUGAUAGUAUCUUGGUCGGCGAUUCCGAACUUACUCGCUACACUGAAUACGACACUCAUCAAAAAAAUCUUACUUUCCGGUGGGUUACUGAUGGUGUCGCCAACUACCGCGGAUUCCAAGCGAUUCUUAGACACCAGACUCCAAAGCCGCAAAAUCCAAGCUUCUUUUCGAGCUUCCGAUCACUUCUCGCCGAACGCGUCGGUUCCAGACAGCCAGAACAAUAA